GAGAAGAAAAAGAAAAGCAAAAGUGAAACAAGUUAAAAGGAAGUUCCCGAAUCCUUAAACCCCCAAAAGCCCUAACCCCUCUCUCUGCUGCUCCGUAGCAAUGGCCUUUCACCCUCUUCGCCUCCGCCGCGCUCUUUCCCUAUCAUAUUCUCUGCUAGACCGCUCUUUCCAUGGCUACAAACCCCAACCAUUUUCCUUCUCUCCGAUUCUUCCAUCCGUCCCCGCGACUCCGCAGCUGAUGCGGCGGCCCUUCACUUCUUCCACCACCCUAUUCCGCAGGGCAUUCAAUCCGGAGACAGAUGAAAUCGGACCCGACACCAUCCUCUUCGAAGGAUGCGAUUACAACCACUGGCUCAUCACUGUCGAUUUCCCCAAGGAUUCCAAUAUUCCACGCGAACAGAUGAUCGAUACCUAUGUCAAUAUUGCUGCGCAAGUCUUCGGCAGUGUUGAAGAGGCAAAGAAGAAAAUAUAUGCACUGAGUACAACAACAUAUCAAGGUUUUCAAGUUGAGUGUUCGGAGGAGACAUCUGAAAAGUUUAAAAGUAUUCCGCAAGUGGUCUUUGUAUUGCCAGAUUCCUACAUUGAUCCAGUAAAUAAGGAAUACGGAGGAGACAAGUAUGUCAAUGGAGAGAUUUUUGCAAGACCACCCCCAGUGCAUUAUGGGAGAAGAACCAACAGGGAUAGGCAUCCAAGAGAGCAAAAUUAUGGUCCGCCACCGCAGCAGAACUACGGGCCACCACUGCGGCAGAACUAUGGGCAACCACCGCAGCAGAACUAUGGGCAACCGCCGCAGCAGAACUAUGGGCAACCGCCGAAGCAGAACUACGGGCCGCCACCGCAGCAGAACUAUGGGCAACUGCCGCAACAGAAAUACGGGCAACCACCACAGCAGAAUCACGGGCCACCACAGGAGAACUACGGGCAACCACCACAGCAGAAUCACGGGCCACCACAGCAGAACUACGGGCAACCACCACAGCAGAAUUAUGGGUCACCACCGCAGCAGAACUAUGGGAAACCACCGCGACAGAACGUCAGGCAACCACCUCAGCAGAACUUUGGGCCACCACCCCAGCAGAACUAUGGGUCACCACCCCAGCAAAGUUAUGGGUCGCCACCAUAUCAGAACAAUGUAUCACCUCAGCAGCCGAACUACAAGCCACCACAUCCGAGUUAUGCACCACAGCCACAUCACAGCUACGAAACUCCACCACAGCAGAGCUAUAUGCCGAACCCACGUGGAAGUUAUGGAAACUCACCUAAUUUACCACCUCAUCCAAAUAAUAGUUCAGCAGGAUCAGGUGAAAGAAGUGGUUAUAAUGUCGUAGAACAGGAUCAAAGAAAUGCAACGCAUUCUUAUCAGGGAAACUUCAAUCGAGCAGAGCUUGAGACUGAUUAUGCACAGGAACAGGGAAGACAUCUGAGCCAUGCUCGACCUGGACAAAGGGGCUUUCCACAAGAUGCUAAUUACGGCUCUUCACAAGAUGGAGCUUUUGGACAAGUAUCUGGGGGUUAUAGAAACUUUUCAUCUUCCAGAAAUAAUUGACCAUGAUGUGUUUCAUGUAGCAAUGUGCACUAGAGGCUUUGGACAAGGAUGAUGGAAGCUUGUUAUCUGGGGAUAUUUUGUAGUUUGGAGCAUCUGCGAGGUAACUACUAAAGCAUUGGUUGUACCCUAUCGGUUUUAGACGAUGAGAAUAACCUUUGGACUUGUAUUAUGAUGAUGAGCCUUGCAUACUUGUCUGGCUCGAAUGUGUUCGAGCAUGCCUAUUUAAGUCACACUGACUGAACCAAUCACUUCUCCCAUGCAGUUUUAUUUGUUAAUAAUUUGCAUAUUCUGAUA